CCAGAAGUAUUUUACAGAUGUCGUAUGUCACCGGCACUCUCACACAAUUGUUUCCGACUCUCUCAAACACACGCACAGCAAAACAACCCUUGCCCUUCCUUGCUCCCAUGGCUGCCUCUGGUUCCAAGACUCAUGCUCCCUCUUGCUACAAACCUCCCAAGAACCCCAUAACCCUCAAUCCCAUCCCUGAAACCCUAAUCAAUAACCCUUCAACCUCUACAAUCCCUCCUAUCCCACCCACCCAAGAAGAAAUCGCCCUUUCACGUGCCUCCCACAUCACGCGCGAACAGCUCCUCCGCCGCCGUUCCCACCUCCUCAAGCAACUCAUCAAAUGCUACAAAGCCCACUACUGGGCCCUCAUGGAGGAUCUCAGGAUUUGGUACAGGGAGUACUGGUGGAAGUACGGCGUCAGCCCUUACAAAGAAGAGCACAGGAGCGAGAGAGACGCCGCUGGGGUUGCUGAAGGCACUGAUGAGAACAAUAACAACAUCAAUAGCAAUUACAACAACAAUGGCGGUCCUGCGGCCGACUUCGAUUCGAAAAAGAAACUGCAAUGCGCUUUUAAAGAGUGCAAGACGAAGGCCAUGGCAAUGACGAGCUUUUGUCAUCUCCAUAUUCUUUCGGAUUCGAAGCAGAAGCUCUAUAAGCCCUGUAGUUAUGUUAUUAAGAGUGCUCAGGCAAUAACCUGCGGGAAGCCAAUACUGAGAUCUACUGUUCCUUCUCUUUGUACUUCUCACUUCCAAAUGAAUCAGAAGAAUAUCAGGAAGGCCUUGAAGAAGGCAGGCCUUAAUAACACCUUAUCAAGUAAGUUUGCUCCAACAUUCCAUGUCGUAUUAGCAGAAAGUGUACGCCAAAUUAAGGCCAAACGAAGAACGGCACAAAGGGCAAAGGGAAAAAAAGUUGCAGUUAAGGAAGAAAACGCCGACUGAGCGAUCCUCUACAGCCGGCAGGUGCACAAAUCUUAUGGCAUAUUGUUGAAUUUGUAAAUUGAUGCAAAACCAGAGGUGCCUUGGUCUCUCUCUCUCUCUCUCUCUCUCUCUCUCUCUCUCUCUCUCUCUCUGUGCCCAAAACUAGUAUAAGCAAAUGUGACAAAUUUGAUGUGAAUUUUGAAAGCAAUCUGGUUAUGGUGAA